CAUAUAUUUAUCACUGAAUCUUUAAGAACCAAAAAGAGAGAAUGGAAGGCCAAAAAGAAACCCACCCAAAACCAGUUUUCAAGAUCACUUCAACUGAAUCAUGGGAUUCUUAUCUUCAAGAAUCUAAAUCUCAUGGAACCCCUGUCGUGGCGCAUUUUACAGCGUCAUGGUGCAUCCCCUCGGUGGCCAUGAACCCCUAUUUUGAAGAAUUGGCCUUUGCUUUCCAAGACAUAACCUUUCUUGUAGUUGAUGUUGAUGAUUUGAAGGAAAUAGCAAGAAAGUAUGAGGUGAAGGCAAUGCCAACAUUCUUGUUGAUGAAAGAUUGUGUUGUAGUUGGGAGGCUGGUGGGAGCCAACCCUGAUGAGAUGAAGAAAAGGGUUGGGACCCUUCUUCAAUCCAACACCGAGUUUGUGGUCUAAGCAACUUGUACCAUGAGCUUGUUUUGUUGUACAUUACCUGACAGCGGACAGCUAAUGCGUUCUACUUAUUGAACAGGGUUUGUACCAUGAGCUUGUUUUGUUGUACAUUCUCCAUCAAUUUGUAUGCCAUACAACUUGUGUUUUGGGGGACCCUUUUUGUGCCCUUUGUGAUUCUUGUUUAUGCAAAACUUUAUGUGAAAAAGGAUUGGUUUGUGUUCA